ACAAUUCGUUUCACACUAUCUAAUCGACAAGAAAAUCAAUGAAACAAAAGAGCGGUCAGAUGGCGCGAAUUAGUAUCGAUUUAAUAAGCAAAUGAUCGAUAUAAGCAACGCUGGAUAGAUCUAAUCUUACACACGUAUUUACGGCGGCGAAGCAAUUUCGACCAAUUGAAUGAUCUUGUUCGCUCGCACCAUGACGGAUCGUUGAGCCCGAUUUAAAGACAUUAAUUAGCGUUCGUUUAGUUGCGAGCCGAAUGUUCUGCCUGUAGCUGAUCAUUUAUCGCAGUCUCUCGACAUUGGCGAGCAAAAAUGGAUUCUUUUUUCACGGUACUCUGCACGGUGUACGAUAUGAAGAACUGGAAAUUAGCAAAUCUGUACAGAACGUUCAGCCGUAAGAAAGAAGUGAACUUCCCUCAAGACACGGGAUUGGCAAGAUGCCUGUCGACGUUGGACCUCACGGCGCUUGGAAUAGGUUCAACACUCGGCGUGGGUGUGUACGUGCUCGCAGGAUCCGUUUCGAAAACAAUCGCUGGUCCAGCCGUGAUCAUUUCGUUUGCCAUUGCCGCAAUCGCAUCCAUGUUUGCAGGAUUAUGUUACGCGGAAUUUGGCGCCAGAGUGCCACGCGCUGGAUCAGCAUACGUAUACAGCUACGUAACGAUGGGAGAAUUUACAGCGUUUCUGAUCGGUUGGACGCUGAUUCUCGAAUACGUGAUCGGCUCGGCUAGCGUGGUACGAGGAUUGAGCACGUACGUGGAUAACUUGUUCAACAACACCAUGCGAAACGCGUUCGAAACAGCGGCGCCUAUCGAUAUCAGUCAUCUUUCUUCUUAUCCGGACUUCUUUGCUUUUGGGAUCACUCUAAUCUUCUCCGCUGCACUGGCGUUCGGUGCAAAGGAGUCCUCGGUGGCGAACAAUUUCUUCACCUUGGCGAAUCUCUCGGUGGUCCUGUUCGUUAUAAUCGCCGGAUCUCUCAAAGCUGACAUAACCAAUUGGAAAACGAAGCCUACGUGCACUGAUGAGAAGUGUGAUUACGGAACCGGCGGAUUCGCGCCUUAUGGUAUAGCCGGUGUUAUAACGGGAGCAGCAACGUGCUUUUACGGAUUCAUCGGUUUCGAUUGCGUCGCCACUACCGGGGAGGAAGCGAAAGAUCCGCAAAGAUCGAUCCCAAUAGCGAUCGUCGCCUCGCUGACUGUCGUCUUUCUGGCGUAUUUCGGCGUCGCUACAGUCUUAACAACCGUCCUCCCUUACUACGAGCAAGAUCCAGAAACCCCGUUUCCUCAUCUGUUCGAGAGUAUCGGCUGGGAUUGGGCGAAAUGGCUGGUAACCAUAGGUGCAAUUUGUGGUCUGUGCUCCAGUUUGCUGGGCGCGAUGUUUCCCUUGCCACGAAUCAUUUAUGCGAUGGCAUCCGACGGACUGAUAUUCGAGUGGAUGGGAAAAGUCAACUCGCGAUUUCAUACGCCGCUCAUGGGCACCUUUUCGGCGGGAAUUCUCACGGGUGUAUUGGCUGCGAUAUUUGAUUUACAUCAGCUGGUAAAUAUGAUGAGUAUUGGAACAUUGCUCGCAUAUUCGAUCGUCGCAACUUGCGUGCUAAUACUUCGGUAUGAGGAAAGUGAAGCGUAUGAGAAGAAGGGAGAUCGCGAUCCAAGGACCCUGAAGUUCAUUGCAAAACAACUGAUUAACGCUAACGGUUUAAAUCAUUCUACGAAAUUGACGUCUCAGAUUGUUGCCUGUCUCGUCGUAUGUUAUGAUAUUUUAUGCAUUUGCAUCGGCAUUACUAUUUCGAUUUUUAUCGAUGAAAUAACAAGCGGUAAAAUUGCCUUUAUCAUUCUACUAGCAGUUCUGCUACUAGUCCUAAUCGCCACUCUUAUUUUCAUUUAUCUUCAACCGUCUUCUGGGAAGAAGCUUGCAUUCACGGUGCCAUUAGUACCAUUUUUACCCGCCUUCAGUAUUCUUAUUAAUAUAUAUCUUAUGGCGAUGUUGGAUAAAAUGACGUGGAUAAGAUUUUUAAUAUGGAUAGCAGUCGGACUUGGAAUAUAUUUCUGUUACGGCGUUUGGCAUAGUAAAAUGAGGAAAGACAAACGUACGAAAUUAUCUGAAAAUGGUUGUGAUAACGGAGUAACAUGGGAAACCAAUAAUUUUCCCAGAAUUCAAUAAUGUAGCUCAAAGACCAAAUAACGACUUCAGGUCAUCAAGCGUAAGCUUUGAGACAGCAGAGUUUUUAUCUCCGCUGAGAACAUGUUGAGCUAUUUCCAUUUUUUUUUCCUGCAA